CUAACAGCAGGAGCUGAACCAGAAGUACAGGGUAUGUCCCGUCUUCUGCUUCUCAUGAGGCUAAAUUAAUUCACGAAAAGCCUCGGGACGAGGCUGAACACAAACUCUUCCACUGAUCUUCAAUGGCAGCCUGCCCAACAUCAUUCCCUCACUGCUGCCUCAACAGUGAGCCAUGGAAAGCCUCAAGCACUGACUGAAAAAUGGCAAGGUUGAGACGCAAAUCUUGCAUCACGUUAAUAGCUCUUGUGCUGCUCGUGCUCGUGGUAACAGUGGUCCUAAAGGCGCUUUCUCCAGAAGACUCUUUGUUCAUCGACCCCGGAGGCGUCGAGCUGUUCGCGGACAUAAAGAGUGAUCCUAAGAUCCAGAGAGACAACAACAAGAAGCCUGACAAAACCACAAUGAAUGACUCGGCUCAGUCAGACAAGGAUGCAGAGCUGGCUGCCACGCUGAGGAAGUUCCCUCCUCCCAACUACUACCUCCACGCCUUCUACUACACCUGGUUUGGAAACCCCAAGUUUGAUGGCAAAUUCAUCCACUGGGACCAUCCGCAGCUGCCGCACUGGGACCCCAAAGUGGCUCAGGGGUAUCCUCAGGGAAGACACAGCCCGCCUGAUGACAUCGGGUCAAACUUUUACCCCUCUUUAGGGGCGUACAGUUCCAGGGAUCCCUCCAUCAUCGAGGCUCAUAUGCAGCAGCUCCGCACAGCAGCCAUCGGCGUGGCCGCUGUUUCCUGGUAUCCUCCUGACAUGAAGGACGAUAACGGCGAGCCGACGGACGACAUCGUGCCUCUGCUCCUGGAGGUGGCACACAAAUACCACAUAAAGGUGGCUUUCCACAUCGAGCCGUACCAAGGAAGAGACGAGGUCAACAUGUUCACCAACGUCAAAUACAUCAUUGAGAAAUACGGAGAGCACCCGGCGUUUUUCAAGUACCGGACCAACGCCGGGAAACUGCUCCCGCUCUUCUACGUGUACGACUCGUAUCUGAUGAACUCGGAGCAGUGGGCCAAACUGCUGAAGCACACGGAGAGCAAGAGCAUCAGGGACACCCCAUACGACGCCAUCUUCCUCGCUCUGCUGGUCGAAGAGAAGCACAAGAGGGACAUUCUGACGUCGGGCUUCGACGGCGUCUACACCUACUUCGCCACCAACGGGUUUUCCUACGGCUCCACACAGCGGAACUGGGCCUCCGUCAAAGCCUUCUGCGAAGACAACAACCUCAUAUUCGUUCCCAGCGUGGGCCCGGGAUAUAUCGACACCAGCGUUCGCCCCUGGAACUUCCAAAACACCCGAAACCGCAUCAACGGCAAAUACUACGAGACCUCGCUGAGCGCCGCGUUAGAGGCCAGGCCUGAUUUCAUCUCCAUCACGUCGUUCAACGAGUGGCACGAAGGCACCCAGAUCGAAAUGGCCGUCCCCAAAACCAGCCAGGCGGCGUAUCUGGACUAUCUGCCCAACAAACCGACAAUCUACCUGGAGAUCACUCGCAAAUGGGCCGCGAUAUUCGGUGGCGAGCGACGAAGAUGGCAGGAGUGAUCUGUCCAGAGUGUCGAUUCAUGGUUCUGGAGACGGUCGAAAGGACCAAACAAUAGACCACAAAUUACCCAGACAGGAAAAGAAAAGCUAAAUAUUUGUUAAGCCACAUGCAAGUGGAAUACUUGAUCACCUUAAUUUGAACUGCUGUGAUGUAUAUUUUUUGCACUUUAUUGAUUGAUUGUUAAUUCACCUGCUGUUCCAUUGCCUCCUGCAUUCCCAGCCUCACACGUCAUGAUUCAUCCCAUAAAUCAGCAUGUUUUGUUGUUGUUGUUGUUGUUUUUUUUUUUUUUUAUACCGUCUUCCUCAUAUCCAGUUGUACCGGCGUUGGCAUGUGAUCUGUGACUGUAUUGAAACCUCAGUAGAAAUAAAGUUCACCCUGGAGAGGAGGAAGAGACGUGAGAAAA